AGAAGAGUCUUGAUGUUAUUAUUAAAGAAUUGAGUAAAAGUAUUAUAUCUGCUAAUAAGAAGAAGGUUGAUGAAUUAAAGGGGAGCUUUGACUUAGAAGACUUGAUACUAGUAUGCUGGGUAAAUGAACUGAUGGUGUCAUCAAAACAAUGCAGAGUUUGGAUGAAAAGGCUACUUGUUUUAAGAAAUGAAGAAUUGGAGAUAUACAGUGACUUUCCAGAGACCGCUGGAGACUGGCAGUCACCUGAGCUACACUAUGGUGUAUGUGACAUUACUUGGGGCCCAUUGGUGAAGAAUGGUACGAAUAGUCAUAUAUAUCGUCCUCACUCAAUAUCACUGCAAUCAUCAACUGGAGGAAGGCACAUUUUAUCAUUUGAAUGUGAUAUCUCACUUCAUUAUUGGGAAAGAGAAUUGCUCAUGGAAAUCAAAGAUGUUGUCAUGAAAAUAAAUGCUAGAACAUUUGCUGCAAAGUGGGAAGGAAAUGCUGUUGAUUUAACAAUCGAUCUACAGAAAGGUUUUAUCAUUGAAGACUCAACUACUGCAACUAAGCAUUGGACCAAGAAAUUUGAAGAAUUGGAGUCAUCCAGUGAUAAUGGGAGCAAGGAGUUGUAUCUUACCUUUAAAGAUGGUGUCAAGCAAUGUUUGGAGCUGACAGAAUUACAUGCAGUACUUUAUACAAUAGAAGCAUUUCUAAAAACAAGAGUUUCUCUCUUAUAACACUGUUUAAUUCUUAUCCUAAAAACUUGUGUGCUUAGCAUAGACACUGCAAAUAUGAAAAAAUUAAUUUGCAAAAUCUAUUAACUAUUCUAAUUUCUAAAAUGACCAACAUAAUUUGACCCCUCUUAUUAUGUGAGUAUAUUAGUUCCUUUUAACAUCAUUCUUUAA